UUUGCAAUGCCUGGACUAUGUUUUGAUUGCAGAUAUGUCUUUGUAUCCGUUGCUUAAUGGUACGAUUGAUAGAGGUCACCGGGCUGCACUUAUGCAAGGGGGCAAGAACUUAGACGUUUUGGUCACUCGCACCCCGAAGACUAACUGGAUGACACACCCUUCAUGGGUUGAUAGGUUAAGUUGGGCUGGACUUCUACCCUUGGCACAGCUGGUUGAGGGUACGUUGGAAGAGUGGGUUGACCAUCCGAACUUGGAUGAGGCAGGUGAACCAAUGCAGUUGAAAAAGAGGCAAGUGAAACGAUUCUCUUACGACAGGUCACUCCUUACUUGCUUAGUAGAUAGAUGGAGACCAGAGACACACACCUUUCACUUUCCCUGGGGAGAGAUGGCGCCUACUUUACAGGAUGUCUCCUACUUGUUGGGAUUACCUUUGGCCGGUGAUGCCAUAGGUCCUUUAGAGGCAGAACCUGGCUGGCUUGCAAAUAUGCAGGCCCGUUUUCUAGCUGCGGUGCCAACUGCUACGGGCUUAAACGAUGAUCCUCACGGGCCACGUUUUAGGUGGUUGAGCCAGUUUCAGAUUGUCUCAUUAGGAUACCCCGCAGUAGAUUUGUCAGACGCACAGAUUGAUCGAUCCCUAGAGGCAUAUAUUCUAUGGUUGUUCGGCAAGACGAUGUUCACGGAGAACCAUGUGACCACUGUUGAUGCACGAUUCAUCGGUAUUGCACGAGAGAUAGCUGACACACGUUGCCCUGCGGAUAUUGUCCAGAGGAGUUUUGGUUCUGCCGUGUUAGCAGCUACGUAUAGAGGCUUGUGCAAAGGUUGCUUAUUGAAGUCUAGAAAGUCAGGUCUGGUUGGAUGUCCACUAUUGUUGCAGCUCUGGUCUUACGAGAGAUUCCCUAUUGGACGACCCUAUGUCUCCAUUGACACACCGUUUGGGUUGGAGGACAUGGCAGGGGCUUACGUGCCUGCUAUCGGCGACUUGCCUACUAUGGGAUCUGUUUGGGCACGGAGAGAGAGACAGUUUGCACAUACCCAGGUGAAGGGCUGCUACCCGUCCUUCACGGUGCAGUUUGAUAGUUUGCACGAGGAUCAAGUUAUCUGGGAGCCCUACUCGUAUCAGACUAUAACAUCCAGGUAUCUAGUUGGGAUCUCUGCCUUAUGCACUAGAGAUCGGCACUACUGGAUGACCAAGGCAAAGUUGGUGUUCGACGUGACGGUUGAGGAGAUGGCUCUUCAUAGGGUGAUGAGACAGUUUGGUCUAUGUCAAGAGCCUGCAAUUCCAGAUAUUCCACGGAUACCAGACCACGUUCACAAGUACAGUCGCGUAGGAGGAAACAAGUCCAUGGUUGUUUGGCUUCAGAGCAUUAGCCCUUACGUUCAAGAAUGGACUAUGGCACCGACAAAUAUCUGGAAUGAGGUUGGGCCCUUUGACUGAGACAAGUUUGGGUUGUAUUUACAAACUUACCGACAUACAACGAGGAUCUACUUGGUUCCAUCAGCUGCUCCUGAUCAGAUUGAAGCCCCUCUGACCAGCGAUAUGUACCCAACUACCUCUGUUGUGGGAAUGAGACACCACGCGAGUGACUUGACAGUCCAGGCGCGAGAGGAGGUUUCCGCUUUAAUGCGGCAGGUUGAGAGGGGGGAUACUAUCCCACAGCCAGAGCACCUCUCAUGGUUGAGGCAUAUGGAUGAGAAGUUAAGAGGGAUUUACGCAUCACUUACAUGUAGGCGAUCUACGGAUGUUGUCAUUCCUCGUCCCGCACAUCGGCCCCCACGUCCCUAUGUCCAUCGUUUAGAACCACGACACUCUGUGCAGCAUUCAGAACCACGACACUCUGUGCAGCAACCACGCCUCUCUGUGCAUCAACCAUCUCCUUCACAACCAGGGAGCUCUUCCUGGAAUCAGCCAUCGCCUUCUCAACUAGGCACCUCUUCCUGGUCUCAUCAAAUGGAACUAGGCAACCAGUCGCGACAGUUCAUGCAUUCAGUGCAAUCACCGAUACUUAGGUGCUGGAUGUGGAUUAGAGGGCUAUGGCGAUGACGAUGACCAAGCUGAAAACAUUUAUGACUUCUCGCAUACGGUGUUUCACACUCCACCACCACCACCGUCGCAGGAGACACAGACAGUGACAGACGAGGUUAUCUAUGGUCGUGGUUUUCGUGAGCAUCGUCCAUCGCCUCAGCGCUUAUCGCGUUCCGGUCCUCGCCCGAGGAAGACCCAGAUUCGUCGUCGACCCCCGCAGUGAUAUGAUUAUCUAUGUAUGAGUCAUUAUCUAUGUUAGUUUCAGACUAUUCGCAUACGUGAGUCAGUAUUUAUGUAUGAGACAUGCUUCAUGUAUGUGUUACUAUUGCACUUGCUUCU